UGCUUUGAAAGCAGAGUCUUCAUACUUCUGUGAGCAUUGGGUAUGAACUCUGCAGCUUAUGGAUUGAGAUAAAGAUUUUGGGUUCGUGAGGAGUUUGUGGUUCUGAAGAAUCUUUUUAGGGCUUUAAAGAUUUGAUUUACCAGAAAUAGUGGAGAUGAAAAUGAAAACGGAGGGGUGUCUGCCUCUGGUUCUCUCUGUUGUUCUUGUUUUGUUUAGCCUCCAUGGCUCCUUUGCUAUUUUUGCUCCCGCUGAUAACUACUUAAUUGCGUGUGGUUCUCCACAAAAUGUCACCUUCCAAGGUCGGACUUUUGUUCCAGAUUCAGUGCAGUUCUCUGUUGUAUUGAAGGGUCAAAGAGAUAGCGUGGCUGCUAUAUCCAGUUCUAGUGUGCCAUCGCCAAUCUACCAGUCUGCCCGAGUUUUCACUUCUCCGGCUUCUUACACAUUUAAAAUCCAGCAAGAGGGUCGUCACUGGGUACGUCUCUAUUUCUAUCCUCUUCCUGAUUCUGGCCAAAACCUAGCAUCUGCUCCAAUAACGGUAGUCACAGACAAUUUUGUGCUAUUGAAUAACUUCACCUUCAAGAGCUAUGAUGGUUCCUUUAUGUUUAAGGAGUAUGCAAUCAAUGUGACCUCUGAUACUUUGACCCUAACCUUUAUCCCAUUGAACAACUCUGUUACAUUUGUCAAUGCGAUUGAAGUUGUUUCCAUCCCUGAUGCCUUGAUACCUGAUCAGGCACUUGCUCUGUACCCUUCUUCUCCCUUUAAUGGCCUCUCUGAUCUUGCCCUUGAGACUGUUUUCCGAUUGAACAUGGGAGGUCCUUUGCUCACACCACAGAAUGACACCCUUGGCAGAAUUUGGGAGAAUGACAGGAAGUACCUCCAUGUGAACAGCUCUGCUGUGAACGUAUCGGUUAACCCAUCAACCAUAACAUAUCCAAUGUCUGUCACACCUGAAAUCGCGCCAAAUUGGGUUUAUGCCACUGCAGAGACCAUGGGAGAUGCAAAUGUUCCCAUUAUGAACUUCAAUGUAACUUGGGUCUUACCUGUGGAUCCUAAUUUCAUGUAUUUCAUCCGGCUACACUUCUGUGACAUUGUGAGCAAGUCUCUGAACAACCUCGUGUUCAAUGCUUAUAUCAACUCUGAUAUUGCCCUCGGCAGUUUGGAUCUCUCAUCCAUCACUGGCAAGUUGGCUACACCUUAUUACAAAGAUUUCAUCUCCAACUCCUCAAUCGAUUCAGAUACUUUAACUGUUAGUGUGGGCCCAGACACAAUGGCAGACAUAACUGAUGCAAUUUUGAACGGAUUAGAGAUAAUGAAGAUCAGCAAUGAUGCUGGAAGCUUGGAUGGGUCGACUUCUGUUGAGGAUCUGUUGCCCAAAUCAUCCUCGAACAAGACCAAGAUAGAAAUUAUUGUUGGAUCAAUUCUGGGAGCUAUAGCUGCCGUGGGCUUGAUACUUCUGUGUUAUUGCUGCUUGGUAGCCCGUAGGGCAAAGACCACUCACCAAGGGCAACCUUGGCUGCCAUUACCCCUAUACGGGAACUCUCAAACCAUGACCAAGGGCUCCACAACCUCUCAGAAGAGUGGAACAGCAAGCUGCAUAUCAUUGGCUUCCUCAAACCUCGGCCGCAUCUUCAUGUUCCAAGAGAUAAUGGAUGCAACCAAUAAGUUUGAUGAGAGCUUGCUUCUCGGGGUGGGUGGUUUUGGGAAGGUCUACAAAGGGACAUUUGAAGAUGGGACUGCAGUGGCUGUCAAGAGAGGGAACCCAAGAUCUGAGCAAGGUCUUGCUGAGUUCCGGACUGAAAUCGAGAUGUUAUCCAAGCUCCGCCAUCGCCACCUUGUCUCUCUGAUUGGCUACUGUGAUGAACGGUCAGAGAUGAUACUGGUUUAUGAGUACAUGGCAAAUGGACCCCUACGAAGCCAUCUAUAUGGGACAGAUCUCCCAUCUCUUUCAUGGAAGCAAAGGCUCGAGAUUUGCAUUGGAGCUGCUAGGGGGCUGCAUUAUCUCCACACUGGUGCAGCUCAAAGCAUAAUUCAUCGAGAUGUGAAGACCACCAACAUUUUAUUGGAUGAGAACUUUGUAGCUAAAGUAGCUGAUUUCGGCCUCUCAAAGACAGGUCCAUCUCUGGAUCAGACCCAUGUGAGCACUGCUGUCAAAGGGAGUUUUGGAUAUCUUGACCCCGAGUACUUCAGAAGGCAACAACUUACCGAGAAGUCGGAUGUGUACUCAUUUGGAGUGGUUUUGAUGGAAGUCCUCUGCAGCAGACCUGCUCUCAACCCUGUGCUUCCCAGAGACCAGGUUAACAUAGCAGAGUGGGCAAUGAGCUGGCAGAAGAAAGGCAUGUUGGAUCAGAUCAUGGACUCAACUUUGGUAGGGAAGGUGAAUGCAGCAUCACUCAAGAAGUUUGGUGAGACGGCUGAGAAGUGUUUGGCUGAACAUGGGGUUGACAGGCCUUCAAUGGGAGAUGUUUUGUGGAAUCUUGAGUACGCUCUCCAGCUGGAGGAAACCUCAUCAGCACUCACUGAGCCAGAAGAUAACAGCACAAACCACAUCCCUGGUAUUUCAAUGACACCACUUGAUCCGUUUGAUCACAGUGUAAGUAUGAUUGAUGGGGUGAACUCGGGUACUGACGAUGAUGCGGAAGAUGCUGCCACCAGUGCAGUCUUCUCUCAACUGGUAAACCCUAGGGGAAGAUGAGAAUGGAGAAAGGCUCCAAUCUUUGCGAUCUUGGCCAUGGGACCGCUGAAACAAGAAUUGGUCUUCCUGGCCUCUUUCCAAUUCUGUGGAGGAAUGAACAAUUUUGCUCCAUCAAUUAAAAGGUUUCUCCUUAUCUGUUUCUUCUAUUUUUAAUCUUGAUUUUUCACGGAUAAUGUGUUUCAGUUUGUAAUAUAAUUCAUCAAAAGCACCUGGAGAAUUCAUUCCAAAUCAUGCCAAAGUUACUAUCAUAAGAUUUUUAUUAUU